AUGAAGGAAACGCAUGUGAGCAAUUCAGCUCGGUCAAGUGGAAAUGUUAGAGGUAUAGUGACCAGUGCCUUCUUCUGGUGGACCGUGGCAGUUUUCUUUUUGUCAUUUUCACAGAUGCCAGUGGCCCAAGCUGAUUGUUGGCUAAUUGAAGGGGAGAAGGGUUUUGUGUGGCUGGCAAUCUGCAGCCAGAAUCAGCCACCAUAUGAAGCAAUUCCACUACAUAUCAACAGCACUAUUGUUGACCUACGGCUCAAUGAAAACAAGAUUCGGAGCAUCCAUUUUUCUGCUCUAAGCCGCUUCAGCAACCUCACCUACCUGAACUUGACUAAGAACGACAUCUCCUACAUAGAAGAUGGGGCAUUUUCUGCUCAGUUCAAUUUGCAAGUACUGCAAAUCGGUUUUAACAAGCUAAGGAACUUAACAGAGGGCAUGCUGCGAGGCUUGGGCCGUCUGCAGUACCUCUACCUUCAAGCAAACUUGAUUGAGACUGUCUCACCAAAUGCUUUCUGGGAGUGUCCUGCUAUUGAGAAUAUUGACCUCUCCAUGAACAGGAUUCAGCAGUUGGAUGGAAAUACAUUUCGUGGUCUGUCAAAGCUGACAACCUGUGAACUCUACUCAAACCCUUUCAUGUGCUCCUGUGAGCUAAUUGGAUUCCUGCGCUGGCUAGUAGCAUUCCCUAACAGGACAAGCGAGAGGAUGGUAUGUGAUACACCAGCUGGGUUUUCUGGCUAUAGCCUUUUAAGCCAAAAUCCAAGGAUGCCAACAUAUCGGAAUGCAUUCCAUGCUCUCUCUACAGUCUGCACAGAUGACAAUGUGACCCAAUACCUGCUGGGAUCUUCAGAUGGAGGCACUCCCACAAUCCUGCCAGAUCUGACCCCUUGUGGACUGGAAGACUGCCCUUCAGGGACACCUCCAGAUGAGCCCAUAAGCAUCAGCCCAACAUAUUUUGACCCAGAUGCCCGCCCAAUCAUGAAGCUUAAAGAGGUGACACACACAAGUGCAGUUAUCACUAUCCAAAUACCAAACCCUUUCCGAAAGAUGUAUAUUCUUGUCCUUUACAACAACAGCUUCUUUACAGAUAUACAGAACUUAAAAAGCCAAAGGGAAGAGAUUGAGUUGCUCAACCUUAAAUCCCAUACAAACUAUACAUACUGUGUAGCCUCCAUACGUAAUUCUCUGAGAUAUAACCAUACAUGCUUAACUAUCUCCACUGUCACAAGGACAAUAAGAGAGCAUGUUCCAAAUGAUUCGACAGCUACUCACUAUAUCAUGACCAUAUUGGGUUGCUUCUUUGGAAUGAUCAUUGUGUUGGGCGUGGUGUAUCACUGCCUAAGAAAACGUAAGCAAGAAGAUGAAUCAAAGAGCAAGAAGCUUGAGAAGAUGAAAAGGAAUUUGAUAGAGAUGAAAUAUGGGGGUGAACUGGAAGGUGGGAAUAUCUCUCAGCUAUCACAGAAGCAAAUGAUGUCUACUGUCGACCCCAUUCAGAGGAUGCCAUAUUUACCAGCUGCCAGUGAGAAAGACCCAUAUAAGAUACAGGAACUGUCCGGAACACCCAAAACAACAAAAGGGAAUUAUAUAGAAGUAAGGUCAGACCAAUCAGAUCGCAUUGAAUGCAGCAUUCCACCACCUGAAAACAGCCAAGGGUCUGUAGCAGAGAUAUCCACAAUAGCCAAGGAAGUGGACAAAGUGAAUCAAAUUAUCAACAAUUGCAUUGAUGCACUUAAAUCUGAAUCAGCAUCCUUCCAGGCAGUAAAAUCUGGAGCCGUCUCAACCGUUGAGCCUCAGUUGGUUCUUAUAUCUGAGCACCCACCAGGCAAGUCCAGUCUUCUAUCACCAGUGUAUAAAGGAGGUUACCACCACCCACUACAGAGGCAUCACAGUAUGGAAGCACCACUUAAGCGUGCCAGCACAUCAUCAAGUGGAUCUUUACGCAGCCCUCGAUCAUUCCGUUCAGAUGGUGCCUAUCGAUCAGAGUCCAAGUACAUUGAGAAAACGUCUCUGGAUGAGUCUGGGAUUCUGACAGUCACCCCAACUUCUGCGAUACUUAAAUCAGAGGCAGAGAGAACGCGACACUACACGGAGCACCGGCACUCGUACCCUGGCCCACACCACAUGGAGGAGCAAUUGGAGGUUUCUGCAAGCAGGAAGUCAUCCAUCUUGGAGCCGCUAACACGCUCCCGACCACAUGAGCUGUCAUAUUCGCAGCUUUCACCACAGUACCACAACCUCAGUGGUUACUCUAGCCCAGAGUACACCUGCCGACCAUCACUUAGUCUAUGGGAACGGUUCAAACUCCACCGCAAACGCCACAGGGAUGAAGAGGAGUACAUGGCUGCUGGUCAUGCAUUACGGAGAAAAGUACAGUUUGCGAAAGAUGAGGACCUCCAUGACAUCCUCGACUACUGGAAGGGAGUGUCUGCCCAACAGAAAUUAUGA